AUGACAUCUUCGCUCGGUCUUAUCGAAGGCACGGUUGCCUUCCAGCAUCCCACACUUCCCAAACCUUGCGAGACAUGGUACAAGGUGUACGGCGACUCGACGGCCUCACGCAGCGGACGGCCCCUGGUGACGUUGCAUGGCGGACCCGGGAUGGCGCACAACUACCUUCUGUCCCUCUCCGCGCUGGCCGAGAAGGCCAAGUAUGGCAUCCCCGUGGUCUUCUACGACCAGAUUGGCUCCGGCAGGUCAACACACCUACCGGAGAAAAGAUUGGACGAGGCCUUCUGGCAACCGGAUCUGUUCAUGGCCGAGCUGGACAAUCUCCUGGACCACCUUGGCAUCGCCGACGACUUUGAUCUUCUCGGCCAGUCAUGGGGUGGCAUGCUCGGGGCCAUGUUCGCUGUCAGGGGUCAUCCCGGCCUCAAGAGGCUCAUCAUUUCCAAUUCACCCGCGAGCAUGCCAUUGUGGGUGGAGUCUUGCAACUUCUGGCGGAAGCAACUGCCCCCCGACAUCCAGCACGCCUUGUCCAAGCACGAGGCUGACGAGACCUAUACCGACCCCGAGUAUCUGCACGCCGUGGAAUACUUCUACAAGCUGCAUCUGUGCCGCGUCUUCCCCUUCCCUCAAACCUUGCUGGACACGCUUGCGUGGGUGGACAAGGACGAUACCGUCUACAGAACCAUGAACGGACCCAGCGAAUUUACUGUCGUGGGGACUCUGAGGCAAUGGAGUAUUACGGACCAGGUGCACAAAAUCUCCGUGCCCACAUUGGUAUUGAACGCCGAGUUUGACGAGGCAAGGGACAGUUGCGUGUACCCCUAUUUCUCCGGCAUCCCCAAGGUCAAGUGGUACACAUUUCCCGGCGCCAGUCACUGCACCAGCCUCGAAAUCCCUGACGAGUACAUGGCUGUCGUGGCACAGUUCCUCCUGAGCCCUUCGUGA